AGACCCGCCCGAUCUCAUUAUGUAUGCGCGCACGUAACGUCAACGGAGGAGGCUGUCUUUAAAUACCGGGAGACACCCCCACCGCACCACCACUUCUGCGGAAAAGCUGCACUCAGGAAGAGACACAUUCCAGCUCGUGCUUUCGCCCGUUUAAACAGAAAUCUAAAGAUGUCCACCAAGGAGAAGCUGAUUGGCCAUGUGAUGAAGGAGGAGCCUGUUGGCAGCAGGAACAAGGUGACGGUGGUGGGUGUCGGCAUGGUGGGCAUGGCCUCCGCCAUCAGCAUACUGCUCAAGGACUUGUGUGAUGAGCUGGCCCUGGUCGAUGUGAUGGAGGACAAGCUGAAGGGUGAGGCCAUGGACCUGCAACACGGAUCCCUCUUCCUCAAGACGCACAAGAUUGUGGCCGAUAAAGACUACAGCGUGACAGCCAACUCCAAGGUGGUGGUGGUGACUGCCGGUGCCCGCCAGCAGGAGGGCGAGAGCCGUCUCAACCUGGUGCAGCGCAACGUCAACAUCUUCAAGUUCAUCAUCCCAAACAUUGUCAAGUACAGCCCCAACUGCAUCCUGAUGGUGGUCUCUAACCCAGUGGACAUCCUGACCUACGUGGCCUGGAAGCUGAGCGGUUUCCCCCGUAACCGUGUCAUCGGCUCCGGCACCAACCUGGACUCUGCCCGUUUCCGCCACCUUAUGGGAGAGAAGCUCCACCUCCACCCUUCCAGCUGCCACGGCUGGAUCAUCGGAGAGCAUGGAGACUCCAGUGUGCCUGUGUGGAGCGGUGUGAAUGUCGCUGGAGUUUCCCUGCAGGGCCUCAACCCAAAUAUGGGGGGUGAUGGUGACAGUGAGAACUGGAAGGCGGUUCAUAAGAUGGUGGUCGAUGGAGCCUAUGAGGUCAUCAAGCUGAAGGGCUACACUUCCUGGGCCAUUGGCAUGUCUGUGGCUGACCUGGUGGAAAGCAUCAUGAAGAACAUGCACAAAGUGCACCCUGUGUCCACACUGGUCCAGGGCAUGCAUGGAGUGAAGGAUGAGGUCUUCCUGAGUGUCCCCUGUGUCCUGGGCAACAGCGGCCUGACAGAUGUCAUCCACAUGACACUGAAGCCCGAUGAGGAGAAGCAGCUGGUGAAGAGUGCUGAGACCCUGUGGGGCGUACAGAAGGAGCUCACCCUGUGAAGAGCGCUCCUCUGAAUUCUCCGGUCCACCCUGAGACCACACCAAAAGCUGUGUGGUUAACCCCCACCCACUGUACUUCCUAUGUCCCUCACGGCAAUGGGCGAAUGAAAUCAAGUGACGGCCAAGUGUUUGUAGCUAGACCCAUGGAAGCUAGAUAUUACCUUCAGAUAUUCAUGCAUGGGUGUCGUUUUCCUUUGCCGUCUCCCACCUUCCUUCCUCCCUCCAUGACUGAAUUUUCAGAAACACAACUUGUACCUUUAGCCUUUGAUCUCAGCCUGUGUUGGAGAGAGGGGGUAUGUAUCUGUUGUCGUGUCUAUACAUCAAUCGUAAGGCCUUUGUGUAUAGAGCAUAUACUGUAUACACUGUGUACUGUACGUUACCAUGUACUGUUGCUAUUUCUUCUAUACACUCCUUGUUCGUAGUUGUCUGUGUUUUCUGUGAUUGUUACCAGUUGGUUUUUUCCUCUUGGUAAUCUCUGUUUAAUUUUUUAUUUGGAGUAUAAUGGAGACAUUCCAUUCUCUAUGAGGAGGGCUUCCUAUCCACCUAGAGUCAUAACAACACUGCUGCAAAUAUCACUGGGCCAAACUCCUGUGAUACCAAAGUACCUUAUCACUUGAGAAAAGCAAUGCUGCAUCUCCUGGUUGGCAUUGAAGCCUUUUUGAACAAAUUUAACCACAAGUGCACUGACAGAAAAAAACCUAAAUCUAAAAGGCAAGCUGCUGACAAGAAUGGUUACAUCUGAGAGAAUUACAGGGAUUUUCAACAAGGUGAAUUGCCAUAAUUUAAUUUAGCAAAGAGAUAACAGAGACCCAAUGGGAAAGAGUCAGCUAGGAUCACGACCUAGAGUCAGGUUAUUAAUCAUAUCAGAAGGUAACAAUCCCGAAGAAGGUGUUAUUAGUUUGUGCACCCUAAAUAUCCUCAAAGGGUUUUGUAUUUAUUUAACUCCACCUGACUCUAGAGCAGAGGACAAGAUAAAAUGAUGCUAUUAUUUAAAACUGUUAAUACUGUUAAGAUCUAUUUAUGUAUUAAUGUUACGUUAGAUAUGGUCGAUCAAUCACUCACUGACUCACUGAGCAACUGUACCUGUCAUGGCAGCUGGAUAUUGAUUUUUAUUUGCCCUAACAUCAAAUAAAACUGCCAGGAUCAUGAUACAA